UGACGAACAGUUUCUAACGUGCCGGCAAACAUAACACUCGCACCGAUAGGAUGGAUCACGAGCGAAAAGUGAAGUUUCUAAUGACGGAGUUGGUGGACAAGAUUCUACGCCAGAAUGUGGAUCUGCAAGACUAUCGUCUACGGAAGGGUGAGGACAGUUGCACCCUCACCACUCCACAGGGACUGGAUGGGUUCAUGUCGGUGAUUCAUCGGCUAUCGCUCGAACUCGAACACAAGCGCACAAGAUCGCCCAAAACACUAACACUGAUGGUGAAGGUCAUGAAAGGAGAUGACGAUUUCCGCCAGAAGUCCCUCGGACUGGUCCUCUUCCCCAACGAAAUCAAUGUCUAUUCGCACGUUCUGCCAACGUUCGAGCAGCUGGUGCGUGACAGCGGAGCGCCGAUCGAUCUCACCACUCUCUGUCCCCGGAUCUACUUUGCCGAGUCCGGUGCACGCUAUCCGGCGUACAGCGAUCAAGAAGAAACGUUCCUAGCCAUGCAGGACGUUGCGUCGAGUGGGUUCGUACCGGGCCCGCGACUUAACCUUGACCGACCCCACCUAGAGCUGAUGGCGCGCAAAGUGGCCCAACUUCAUGCCUGCUCCUACGCCCUCCGUAUCGGUGGCCAGCCGGACCGGCUAUGGUCACUCGUGAACCGCAUCAUUCCGCUCGACUUCAUCCAGGACGGAGCAAUCUUCUUCCAAAGCUACGACAUCGUCUUUAAGGUGGUGUUCGAACGGUUGUUCCGCUAUCUGCACACCAAUCCGGCCUCACUCGCCGAGGUUAGUGAUGAAGUUCGUGUGAAGAUCGCUCUCCUGGAGCACAAAUACGGUACGAACCCAUCGGAACUGAUGCAACGCUGCCUUGCGCGGGAUGAUACGUACUCCGUCAUUCUGCACGGUGACUAUAACCGCAACAACGUGCUGUUCCGAUAUGAGAACGGUAGUCCGCAGGAUGUGAUGUUACUGGACUUCCAGGAGAAUCGAUACGGUUCGCCGGCGCUCGAUCUAUCGUUUUUCAUGUACAUGAAUAUGCCACCGGAAGCGUGGACUGAUGGUGGCUGGGAACAGGUACUUACGGCCUACCAUCGCGAACUCGUCCGCUGUGUCUGUGCCUUCACACACCUUCAACCGGACGAUAGUCGUCUGUUACCUUAUAGCUACGAAGCGAUGAAACGACAUCUGGCACAAUAUUUCAUCUACGGAGCGGUAAUAGCCAUCAAAUUUCUACCCUGCAUGCUGUCGAGCGAGUCCGAGGUGCAGCAGAUUGUGCAUCACUUCCACACGGACAUCACAGCGCCAGGGUUCCGCGAUAUCUAUCUGGUCGCCGGUGGAGCACCGGUCAACGAGCGGCUCACGAAGGUGCUCAUCCAUGCCGCCGAGCACGGCUACUUGGAUAUGCUGUAGUGCAGUAGGACUCCAUGCUAACGCUGCUCCAUGAAAUGCUUUGCUCCCUGAAAUCACAGCAAGCAUUGGAAGUGAUUUUGAAAGAAAAAUAUUUACCCUCAAAACGUAACCCUUGCGAUGAAUAGCGAUGUCAAAUGAAUCUGCCAUCCGUUAGUUUUGUAGAAUAGAUGUAAAAGGACCGCGCCAUCAAAGCCGCCCGGGUUUUCCAAUGUGUACUGUGUGAGUUCACUGUUUCACUUUUCCACAGACCCCAGCAUCAUCUAACAGUGCGAACUGUUGGUCGUUGAAUGAAAAUCAUCAACGGAACAAUUCGUAUGUAACUGUGGAGAGAGAGAGAAAGCACAGAACAAUGUGCACUCCUACACACAAUUCGCUAACUCGGACCGAUGAUUCAAUUGCAGCAUGAGAAAACUAAACAAAAAACGUGCGGGGUGGGUUUUCCAAACACUCGGAUGUAUCGGGUGCUGCUAGAUGUUGCACGAAAACAACAGAAACGGUAACGCGUAGCAGCAGCAGCAGCAGCAACCAGCCAAGCAACAAAAAGAAACACACACAAUGCCGGAAGCGUUGAUAGAUUGUAACGAGCGAUCUGAAGGACUGUAACGAUACUCUGUUUGUCAACGGUUCCGGGGAGGUACACCCUCUGCAUCGUCACCCGACAAAAAAAAAACAAAGUAUCGGAAACGGGCAGCGCAUGCUGGAGCGCUGUUGAAGCAGCUGUCACGUAUUUGUUUUAUCAAAGAAACACUACAACUGCUACUGUUACUGCUGCUGGGGCCACUGAUGCUGCAGCGGAAAAACAAUUCUCUUGAUUGGCUUUCGCGGAAAGGAUGCUGUCGCCGCUCGAGGAGAAGGGCAGAGAAUUCAAAUAAUUGAGAUGUGAAGUCGAAAAGUUAGACGCAUUGGAAUCGAGCCAAACGAAGUUAUCGGAUCUGGUUUUUUUUUGUUGCCCGAUGACCUGCUUGCUCACCCGGACCGUUUUGGGGCCCGCUGCUUUUGGAUCUAUAAAUUCGAGGAAACAUUUGUGAAGCUCUCUGGGAAAGGGGCAGUGGCAUUUUAAUGGAAAAGUUUUUAGUUCAAUUAGUGGAGAAAUAUCGCGUAAUUUGUUUUGCGAAUGG